CGCCAUGGGCCAAGCAAAUCUGGGUUAAACCCUAAUUGGGUUUCGUUCUUUUCAUUUCUCAAUUCGGUGCUGCUUCAGGUUCAGUCCCGAUUCGGUCUGGUCAUUUUCAGAAUCCCUUCGCUUUUGAAUUUCAGUCCCGCAAGCAGUUCGAUUCGCAGUGGCGCGGUUGGUCUAUGCCCAUAAACCCUAAAACCUUACAGCUCAGGAUUUUACCACCCAUUACUCUAAUAUGAGCAUCCAUUGCUUUAAAGAAGAUGAAGCUUUCCGUUGAAGUUCUUGCAUUUGCUUCACUCUUCUCAGCGAUGUUACCUUUCUUUCGCAGUCUUUUCCACGUUAGUCGCAGAGCCUCUUACCGAGUAAUCUCUCUAUCUUUAAAUUCCUCGCAUCCGGGUUGCCUUUCUUUCCAUGUAUUUAAUGGCCCAUCAUCGCUAACGUCAAUAAAUGGCUAUCACAUUUCUUGCCCCUUUUUCUGGUUCACUAGCUUUCUUUGUAUAUUUCGGCUCCCUUUUGUUAGUUACUCGAUUACAAAUGAUUCUUUUGAACUUUUAGACAUUGAUUCCCUUCGUAAAAUUAUACAACAGGACCUCUGGAAUGAUCCUAAGAUUGUUGUUUUAUUUGAUUCAUCACUAGCGCCCAUUUGGGUUUCUAAGAUUUUAGUUGAAUUGAAAGAAGAUCCAAAUUUAGCCCUUAAGUUCUUCAAAUGGGCUGGAACCCAUAUUGGUUUCCGCCAUACCACAGAGUCUUACUGCAUUAUAGUUCACAUGCUGUUUCGUGCGAGAAUGUACACAAAUGCCCAUGAUAUUAUGAAAGAAAUGGUUUUGAAGAGCCGUACUGACUUGAUUUUACCCGUUUGUAAUGUAUUUGAUAUUUUAUGGUCGACUAGGAACUUUUGUGUGUCAGGAACAGGAGUCUUUGACGUUUUGUUUAGUGUUUUGGUAGAGUUGGGUCUGCUUGAGGAAGCUAAUGAAUGUUUCUCAAAAAUGAGGAAGUUUAGGACUCUUCCCAAAGCACGUUCUUGCAAUUUUCUCUUGCAUAGAUUAUCAAAGGCAGGGAAUGGACAGUUGGUGAGGAAAUUUUUCCAUGACAUGGUUGGGGCUGGUAUUGCACCUUCAGUUUUUACCUACAAUGUAAUGAUAGAUCACUUGUGCAAAGAAGGGGAUUUGGAAAAUGCUAGAAGUUUGUUUGUGCAAAUGAGGACGAUGGGCUUUUCUCCAGAUGUUGUCACAUAUAAUUCUUUGAUUGAUGGCUAUGGCAAGGUUGGUUUAUUAAAAGAAUCUGUGUAUUUAUUUAAUGAAAUGAAGGAUGUAGGUUGUGUUCCUGAUGUAAUUACCUAUAAUGCUUUGAUCAAUUGUUUCUGCAAGUUUGAGAAGAUGCCUCAAGCUUUUGAGUAUCUCUCUGAGAUGAAGAACAAUGGGUUAAAACCAAAUGUUGUAACCUAUAGCACAUUGAUUGAUGCUUUUUGCAAGGAGGGAAUGAUGCAAGGUGCCAUUAAACUUUUUGUUGAUAUGAGAAGAGUUGGGCUUUUACCUAAUGAAUUCACAUACACUUCUCUGAUUGAUGCCAAUUGUAAGGCAGGUAAUUUAACCGAAGCAUGGAAGUUGUCCAAUGAUAUGUUGCAAGCAGGAGUUAAUUUAAACAUAGUCACCUAUACAGCUCUAAUGGAUGGCCUUUGUGAGGAUGGAAGAAUGAUGGAAGCAGAAGAAGUGUUUAGGGCAAUGCUGAAAGAUGGAAUAUCUCCCAACCAGCAGGUGUACACUGCUUUGGUUCAUGGCUAUAUUAAGGCGGAGAAAAUGGAAGAUGCUUUGGAAAUAUUGAAGCAAAUUACCAAAUGUGGCAUCAAACCAGAUUUAGUUCUCUAUGGCACCAUUAUUUGGGGUCUCUGUAAUCAAAACAAACUUGAAGAAACUAAGCUUAUUAUUAAAGAAAUGAAAAGUCGGGGUAUCCGUGCAAAUCCUGUUAUAUAUACAACAAUUAUAGAUGCUUAUUUUAAGGCUGGAAAAGGCUCAGAUGCAUUGGAUCUUCUUCAGGAGAUGCAGGAAGUAGGUGUUGAGGCAACCGUUGUAACCUACUGUGUAUUAAUUGAUGGCUUGUGCAAAACAGGUAUGGUGGAAGUGGCAGUUGAUUAUUUUGGUAGAAUGUCUGAUUUUGGUGUACAGCCUAAUGUUGCAGUUUAUACGGCCCUUAUUGAUGGUCUUUGUAAAAUUAAUUGCAUUGAAUCUGCCAAAAAGUUGUUUGAUGAAAUGCAAUGUAGGGGUAUGACUCCGGAUAAAACAGCUUUCACUGCUCUAAUUGAUGGCAACUUGAAGCUUGGAAAUCUUCAGGAAGCUUUGAAUUUGAUUAGCAAAAUGACAGAAUUAGUUAUUGAGUUUGAUUUGCAUGCUUAUACGACCUUGGUUUCAGGAUUUUCUCAAUGUGGUGAGCUGCACCAAGCGAGGAAGUUCUUUAAUGAGAUGAUUGAGAAGGGCAUACUUCCCGACGAAAUUUUAUGCAUAUGUCUAUUGAGGGAGUAUAACAAGCUUGGACAUUUGGAUGAAGCCAUCGAAUUGAAGAACGAAAUGCAAAGGAGGGGUUUAAUUACUGAAAAGUGCAGCCAUGAAGUUCCCAGUCUAAAAACUUGAGGAGUCCAAUCCAAUCGUCUUUGGUUUAUGGAAGCAGAGUUUGUAUUUCAAUUGCAAGCCCAUGUGGUAUUUAGUUGGAAUUCAGAGUUAUAUGAUGACUGAAGAAACUCGCCAUUUCAAUGGGUUUCUUGUUUUAUCGGAAGAAUUUGCAGGCCCUGCUUGAUGAUUAUGUUGGUUUUGGAAGUACUGGUGCAAAAUUUUCCAUCUGAUAAGAUUCGAUUCGAUACUUCUAGUUUUUAAAUGACAUUUUGCAGAAAAAUCCCAUCAUGUUAUGCGUUCUUUGAUCAUCAAUCUUCUAUGAAUGUCCAGAGAGGUUCCUUCAUCCUGUGGCACGAGAUAUUGAUUCCCAUGGAAUCAUUCUGGUCGGUUAUUAUUACAGAUGGAAACCUAUUCAUUCAAGUUGAAGGUCAGCACUUCUUAUAAUGAGCAAGAUGCUUGGUUCAAGAGGAGGCUUAUUUUGGCACAUCAAUUAUAGAAGCCACCCAUGUUUAUGGGGUUGCCAUACGCCUGCUUUGAGAGUUUCGCGUGCUAUGAUUGUGACUUGUCUGGCUCCUAAUGUGUAAAUGCAAGUUUCAAAUCUCAAAAGCUCUGGAAGGAGGAAGCUGCACAAUAAUUUGUUGUAGCCUUGCAGAAUGGAGCCCAGAAAGGUGAGAGGUUAUGUAAUGUACGAAUUCGUUAUGUUAAAAAAUCUUCAUAAACAUUUCAUCUCGUACUUGCCAUUUACGGUUGAGUUAUGCGUACUCUGGUGUUACUAACCAUAUCGAACUGAACAUGGUUCAAAACUGAUAAAAUGCACUCCUUCAAUGACUACGACUAGAGUAAGUACAAUACCAUCAUAGACUGUGUUAUGGGUGCAUAUUCAAAUUUGUCGAAUCACUCAUGUUAUGAUCUUCUA